AAUCUCGGCCACUCGCCCGCCUGGGCUCCUGCGAUGAACUUGCACCAGUCACAUUCGAAAUAGCGCCUGUCCAUGGAUGUUCCCUUCAGUUCAGUGCUUUCGUCCAGGAAUCUCCCUCUUUGUCCCUCUCCGUGACUUCUAUACUCUCGGUCUACGAUCCCCCUGCGCAUCAUCUGCGGGUACGAUCGAUCGCCAUAGAGCUUUCAGAAUAAACCAUCAGGUGCCCAAUGUGUCGUGACGCCGGAUGACCACUUGCUCGCAAUGAGCCAUAUUUCUUCUCAGAAGAACGGCGGUAAUAAUGUUCCCCCUCCGCGACAAAUUCGCUUUGUGUCGACAGACGGUCAACCUCAGACAAAGCGGCGGCGUGUCAACGCGGCGUGCUUAACAUGUCGCAAGCGCAAGAUACGAUGCUCGGGUGAACAACCAGUGUGCAAGACUUGCUCCGACUACAAUCAUGUAUGCCAAGGGUACAGCGAGCCAACAACACAUGCCCGAUCACAAUCUGAUUCCAGUGCUCGAGCCGCGACAGUCGCACCUUUAUCGAUCUCUAGCGAGAAUACUUCGCGCGUGGCUCUGAAAGUCGAAACUCGUUCCCCAGAUCCUCCCGGUCGAGCUACCGUGCCUCCUGUCGAACGCAAUGACAGGCCUGUAGCGGAACCCAUACCGUCGGAAGUGAAAGAGGCCUCAUCUGUCAGAGACAUAUCUUCCCAAACAACGAAAGAGCCUGAGCAGCAGACCUUAGCAGAAAGUCCAGAGAGCAGUCGCACUUCUCUAAGUUCAAGCGCUCGCACACAUGUCCCUUAUUUCAGGUUGUCCAAGUCAGAGGUUCUCGCAAGAGCAAUGCCUCGUUAUCAUCAGGUCUGCAUAAUUUCGCUUGCCAUACGCUUUCGUGUGCCACAAGAUACUGGCCGCUCACGUACUAAUACUGCACAUACAGAGUCCCUAUCACCAUUACGAAGUCCCAGAUUUCCCAAUCAUGGCAUCAACAAUGUGAGCGGUAUGCCUGAUACCCGCGACAGCCGUGACUACAACACUAUUCCGUUCUAUGAUCGCGAUGAUACCCUUCCUGUUAGCAAUCUCGUGAUGCAUCUUUGCGAUCUGUUUUUCGUGCAUCUAGGGUGCAGCUUUCCUUUUCUACAACGAGACAGGUUUCUACGCGACCUGAAAGACAAGAAGGUCGAUACAAUGCUGGUGGACGCGAUCUGUGCGUUAUCUGCUCGUUUUUCUCUCCAUCCGCUCCUGAGUCCGCCUCAGGCACCUUCGAUAGAUGGAUCCGAACCAGCAGUGGAUAUGAAGAAAUCAAACCGCGGUCGGCCAUUCGCUCAUAGAGCGAUGAGUGCUCUGGUCGAUUCACUCUCUUGUCCUACUAUCUCCGUUGUGCAAGCAUGCCUCUUACUAGCUUACGAGGAAUUCGGAUCGAAUCAUGAUAGCGGUCUCUGGAUGUACUUGGGAAUAUCCAUCAGGAUGGCGCAGGAUCUUGGGAUGCAGAAAGUCCAGGGUCUGGAAUACAAUUAUGGUCAGAGUGGGGUAACUCCAAAUGCUGUGCUGACUGGACAAGCUGGAAAGUUGAGAGACGAUCAGUAUGAUGAACCGCAACCUUCCCCAACACUAAGGGGCCAGCCGCGCGACGCGGAAGGUCGACGUGCUUCGGAACGUGAACGAGUGGAUUCUUUUUGGAGCAUUUUCUUUCUCGAUCGAGUGAUCUCAUCUGGUACCGGAAGGCCUGUUACCUUGCGUGAUGAAGAGAUUGAACUCUGUUUCCCUCUUCAAUCCGAAUCCAGGCUGCCGAAUGGUUGGCCUGCACCAUUCCCUCCACUUAUCCGCAUCAUUCACUUGUACGGCAGAGUGACAGACCUCAUCAAUGGGAUUCAGGAUGUCAAGCAUGUAACAUCGGACACACUGAAGGUGCUGGCCGGCAUGGAAAGCGACCUGACAGGAAUAUACCAACGCCUAUCACCCAGGCUCCACUUCAACGCCGCAAACUUUCAAGCAUAUGUCAAGGCGAAAGAAGGAACAAAUUUCAUACUUUUACAUUUCGUAUGCUUGGCCUCCUUUCCCAUGAGAACUCCUAUUGACACAGACCAGUGGUUUCAUACCCUGAUAGUCUUGCUGCAUCAGCCGACGCUCCUUCAUUCAUUUGGAGGGACAAUUCAGCAUCUAUAUCCGAACAGCCGGGAAUUGUCGAUGUCCUCAGCCAAAACCAUUGCUGACAUCCUCUCUUUUUCAGAGCUUGUUGACGGAAAGAGUUUUAUUGGCAAUCCUUUCACGAGCCAGCCGAUGUACAUUGCUGCAUGCGCUUUUCUGAUGGAAAGUGCUUAUUACUCCUCGCCAUCAUCGAGGUCGUGUUCGCCUCCCAUCCAACCGCUUCUGACAAACCAAUCCAGUGGAUUUGUGAUGCCCAGCAUGGAUCCGGCCACCGGCUCUGAACGAAAACCUACCGCUAAGCACAUUCUUCUCGCAUCCGCUGCGAAAGAGAAUUACCAAAGAUGUUACAAAGCAUUGAAGGCGCUUGAGACCUAUUGGGAAGGUACAAGGUACAUUCUAACGGUCUUAGACCAAAAGGCCAAAGGGAUCGUGGACCCACUUUUGUAUACUGUGGAAGAGAUGGAAAGUACUGCUGGGCUAUCUUCUGUCCAGCCACUCGCGGCACAACCGUGGCGACGGACGCAAUCGUCUGAUGAUACGGUGGGUGCUGACCCAUCAGCCCCUGGCUCAGAUACACCAGCAGAAGGAAGGCGGUCGCCCAAAAUAGAUCCGAGUCAAGCUAUUGGAUGGGCUCUUACUGGUGCGACAAACUCUUCGCAGCCGAAUCUAAGCCUUCUUUAUCAGAUGCCUGCACAGACAGAACCUAUCCCGGAAAAGCCGACAUAUUCAUCUCAAUAUAGCCAUAGCUACCCCCAUAUACCUGUUCAACCUGAUGGUGGUGAGACUUCGUACUCUUACUCACAGGCCACAGAGUCAUCCCGGAGCACAAAAGCGACUCCGGGGCCAUCAAUGGCCUCUACAACUGCGCAAUAUUCACACCUGGCAUCCUCCGGCAGAGUUACCACUUCUGAUGCUAACCUUCUCCUUGGUUUGAAUACGACUUAUCCCGGUUCGACCUCCCGUCUACCUAAUUCACGGUCGGCUUUCAAUCAUCAAAUGCCUUCUGCUGCAUGUGGGCUUGAGGGUCACGCCCAAGUCUAUAAUUAUAACAUCCCUUCUACUGUGAGUGACGCUCAUACAGGGAGCGGGCACCUAAUUGCGCACAGCGCUGGACUGCAUCCUGAUGCCGAACCUCAUGCUGGAAAUGUGUUUAUCGAGAGCCAAGACGUUGAUAUGGCUAUGCUCCAGCAAAAUGAUCAGCUUCCCUUCGCGUUCAGCGGUGAAAUACUUCCAUGGCUUGAAUAUCUUCCACAGGACGUUCUCAAUUACUUUGGCGAUAAUCAGAAUUAUCCGGGCAUGCUGAGUCCGGAUGACGAAACCCCUCGACCACAUUAGCUUGUUAUCGUACCAUACGAUCCCUACGAUGUCUAUACCCGUUUAUACACGGUCUGGCCUGUUUCUACCCACUUCAGAGAUCAAGAUUCGAGACCGUUAUAAAUACCACAACAAGAAAGAUUGCUAUGGAGC